GUGGGUUCAAAACCAAGGCAGCCGACAGGCCCAGAGAUCGUCAGCAGCAGCAAGCAGCAGCAGCAGCAGCAGCGUGGGCGACACCUCGCUUGUCGAGGGGGCUGCGGGUGAUUGAAUCAAGGUGGCGCGCAGGCUUGAUUCUGGGCUUGUUACGCUUUUAUUUUACGACCCAGACGCCAUCGCCGCCACACGAGGGAGAGGAACCGGGGAAGGUUUUAGCAACGAAGCUGGUCAAAAAGGCCCGGUUGCCGUUCCUGGCGAUCCGGUUCUGGUCCUCAACACCACAGGGCUAAUCUCGUUGUGGGCGGGCAGCCUCUUGCCUGCUCCCUUUUGUCUGCUUUCUCGAGGGAGCAACGUCGUUGACGGCCGUCUCCGCCCUACCCAGACCCAGACCCAGCAACCAGGGCCCUUCCCACCCCCGAGGGGCUUCCUUUGGCCCACUUGUGCCGUUUGUACUUUGUAGAUCCUUUUUAUUAUUUCUCGCCGCCCGCGUGCCCGCCACCCGCCUUGGGCAGCAGCCUCAUCUCCCUCACCGGUCCACUCGGCCCUGCGCCUCCCUCACCCAACUCGUCUUCAGACACUCGAGCAAGGACGGGGUUGCCCUGUCGCUGCUGCGUUGCCAGCGGCACUAGCAGGACUCUGAUAUCGGACGGACCGUGGGUCCCGCCCGCCCGCCACACUCUUCUCUUCUCCCACCACUCGCUGCUGCACCCUCGGCCGCUCUUGGUCAUCCCUCGGAGGCGUGCAGAGCCGUUCUUUGUGCCUCUACUACCCCGACUUGCAAAAUAAGCCAAGAGCCUCGCCCUCGCCUGUUCUCUGCUGCGGUGGGAGCAUGUGCGUUGCAGAAUCGCAGAGACCCAAACACCAAGAGACAACACCAGCACCCCCCUGCUCCCCUCCGCCGCUGGUCGUCGUCACCCAUUUCCUCCGAGACGCCCUUCAACCCCGCGGCGAGAAUGCCACCUUACCCGCGCAACCAAGCAGCCGGCAGCCUCCUGGGACGAUGGUGAGCUCGGCUUGAAGCCUCCCCCCUCAGAGGAGCUGCCAAGCACCAAGAAGGAAGGAUCCCAUCACAGCAGCACGACCAAGACUGCGUAGUGUCUCCUGUGCAGCACUCCCUCUGUCCGCUCAGUUUCAUUCCAGCAUGCUGGGAAAGCUCUUCAACCUGACGGCGGGCGCCGGCGGCGAUGCCUCCCCGUCCGCUUACGGCCCGGGCUCGUCCUCGCCGUCCAAACACAUCGUGUCCCUCGAGUCGGUGCAGGAGGACAUGCACACUCGCAACCUGCUGUUUCCCGACGCCGAGUCUCUGUACCGACACCGGAACGAUCAGGUCUUCCCGCUGUCCGCCGGCCCUCACCCGCCAUCCGCCUUUGCUCCCAACUCGUUCGACUACGACUGCGACAUCGACAUGGACCCCCGGGACGUCCGCAUCCUCAUCAUGCAGGACGCCUUGAGCUCGAUGCACGCCGCUCUCAUAUACGACAGCCAGGCCCCUCCCCCGCCCACCUCACCCCCAGCCGACCGCCCCUCCACCGUGGCCGGCUUUGCCUCCAACGAUCCCAGGCGCCAGCCCGUGUCACCCCGCAAGACGAGCGUGGGCCAGGCAUCCCGUCCCCUGGCCAUCCAGCAAGAUGGACAGCCGCAGCAACAGCAGCCGCGCCAGGGCGCGUUCGAUCGCAGAGCCUCGAUGCAGGGUCGCCCGCAGCCCCGUAUCGAAUCCGAGUCCCAACGCGCCCACCGCGAGUAUGUCGAUGAGCUCAACGUGUUUUCUAGCUGUAUCUUCGGCAACUCGGAGCUCAUGGCCUACAAGGGGACCUCCACCAAGGUCCACGUCGUGCCGUCGGACCCCCGCAGCGACUUCAUGUCCUCCGCCUUCGGAGACGGCAGGGGCUCGCUGGGCCGGGGCAGCGUGCGCUCCAGCAAGCUCUCACAGUCGUUUUCCUCCGAGGCCGUUGGGGACUUCAUGCCCCAGAUGUCCGCGGCAGCACCACAGCGCUUCUCCCAGCGCAAGAAGGUGCUCAUCACCCGGCUUUUCCCCGUGACCCUGCCCAACGUGGAGGAAACGGCCAACCAGAACUUUGCAACGCCGCAUAGUCGCUUCUCGGAGGACAGCACCGGGUUCCCGUUCCCCCCGCACAACGGAGACGACGCCAAGGCCAAGAAGAAGCCACAGCCCAAACAGAAGCGCACGCCAAUGUACGCAGUGGCUCUCAUCAUCAACCUACCCCAGGGCCCCUCCCAGGUUGCCCAGAACAAUGCUUCGGCCUCGCGGCAGAUGUUCCGAGGGUCCGGCUCGUACAACGAACAAGACUCGUUUCCGUCUUCGUUCGGGUCCUCCCGCCGGUCGGGAUGGACAAUGGUGGGCCAGGGGAUGGCAGCGGCAGCGGCAGCGGCAGCGGCAGCGGCAGCGGCAGCGGAUGCGGUGGAGCCGUCGUACGUGGCCGACAUCGAGGACCGCAUCGAUCCCAUCACACAGCAUUGGGACGUGAUAAUGCGGACCUUGACGCACCUACAGUCGGUGGUUGCGACCAAGCUGUACGGCAUGCUCAGGCAGCUCGACAUUGGUUCCCCAGAUCACGCGCCCUCGGCUGCGGCCACUCAGAUGUCGCGGCAACCCUCGCUGUCGCGGCGCAGGAGCGAUGAUGGGGUGGCCAGCAAACCCCACAAGACCAACGCCAAGGUCUUGGCCCUGCUGCAGCAUUGCCUGAUGGAGGACCAAGACGUCCAGGGAGAGGUCGAUCUCGCCAAGGCGCGCAUCGUCUCGGGGCUGCGCGCCACGCGCGUCACCACGGGCCAGAACCGCUGGGGCAUCUGGCGCGAGGAGGCCAGGUGGGUGGCCAGGUGGGCUGGGGGGAAGGAGCACGGCUUCUUCUUCUACAACCUCCUGACGGGCUACCUUGCGACCCACACGGACUGGCUCCAGGCGCUGGGGCCGUCGUACUACCGCAAACGGCACCUCCACCAGGUCAAGGCCCGGGGCGAGGAGGACAUGGGGCUUCCUGCGCGCACCGUUAUCGUGUCCAACGACAAGAUGGCCGCUCGGAGGCUGAUCUUUCUGCUCGCCGCCUUCCUGCCCGCCAACCAGCAGGUGCCCACAAACCUGCGGCCACACCGCCCAAGCACCUCGGCAGCCUCGUUUGGCGGUGCCUUCUCGCACUCCCCGCCCUCGUACGUCGUGCCGAUCCCAAAGGAGGAGUCGCUCCGGCGCAAGAUAAACCGCAGGGCCGCCCCGAGGAGAGCAUCGCACUCGCGCACAGCCAGCCUGCAGAGCCAGGCCGGCCGCGGCGGUGUAGGAGGCGUGCCUGCCCAGCUAGCCCACCUCAGCACGGACCGUAGCGGCCACGAGCGGCGGCCAUCAGAUGCCAUCUCCAUCCGGACCACGCAGCUGCCCAUGUCGUCCAGCGACUCGCAUACGAGAAAGAGCAGCGCGGCGACGGCCGCAACCAUCGCCCCCGAGGCCACCGUCCCCCACUUUUCCACCCUGCAGACACAGCAGACACAGCAGUCGCUCCCCCGACACCGACCAGGAAGUGCCAACAGCGUCGCCGCCGACGACCUCAAGCGCACCCUGCAGCGCGGUGACAGCAGCGGCCUGGGCCAGGUUGUUGGCGGCAACGGUGGCGUUCCAGGCAUCGGCGGCGAGAACCGUCCAACCUCGAGCACAUGGGGCGUCCUGGCUGGCUUGUGGAGCGCCAGGCGCCGCGAGUCUCGCGGGUCUGCCGACAUAUCUUCUCCGGCAUCGGCGACGCCCAUGUCGCCCACCAAGGCCGCGUUCCGGGGUCAACAGGAGUCGCCGAGGUACGCGGCUAGAACCUCUGCCGAGAUCAGGGUGGCCAGGACGGUGAUUCCCAGAGACGGGGCCCCCACGACAGGUAACUAUGGGGCGCGCAUGCCAUCGGAGGACCGGGCUUCUGCUGCCAAAGUGGCGGAGCCGCGGUCCCCCGUCGCCGACGGGCCCCUGAGCCCACGGAUCCCUCGACUAGCACGCCUCGCCACGGACGAGUCUCCCUCCUUCACGCCGUCAGCGAGGUCGAGCGCAACCUUUGCAAGAUUGCCAGAUCCGGCCGGCGCGUUCGAGUCGCCUGUCAAGACGUCCAUCAACGCCGACGAUGGCGUCAUUGACGUCGACGUCCCCUUUCCCGACUACAUAACCUCGUUCGAGACGGCCGUUAGCUCGCCGUCGAGCAGCGGUUAUCUUUCGACCCCCGGCGGCAGCGGCCUGGAGUUGUUUGAGCACUCCAGCCGCCCGGCGGUCGACGGCGACCUCCCCUUUAACGUAGCGGGAUGGCUGCAGCAUUACCACCCGGACUUCAUCCUGCAGGCGGUGCCGCCGCAGCUCGGCCUCGAGGAGCAGAUCAAGGCAUCACUGCGGGCGGAGCCGUCGCCUCCCACGCCGGCGUCGUCACAUUCCUUGUCGCUGGAGCCACAGCAGGAGCGAUGGGUGGACGUUAGCAGCGUCAUCGUCGCCGAUACUACAACUCUCAGCAUCAAGCGGAUCCGGUAUAGUCGGCUGGUGAAGCCCAAGCCGCCUCCGCCCGAGUUUGGAGGCCCCGGCUCGCUCAUCUCGGCAUCUUCGGUCUACACCCACGGUUCGGCUGCGGCGCUGCUUACGCCGGCCAUAUCGCCGUAUGAGACGACUCUGGAGGACCGGUUCGUCGAGGAGCCCAUCGUGACGCUCGACGAGGUCCUGGUCGAGGCCGUCGAGCGCGUCGUCGGCCACGGGGUGGUCGGCGGCGACCAGACGACGACGGGGUGCCGGCGCGGGAACUCGGCGAGCUCGUCCAGGUCGGCGAGCAAGCGGCGCGGCCGGAGCAACAGCGAGUCGACCGAGGCGGGCGAGCAGCACGGCCUCGCCCCGCCGGCCACCAUCAUCCCCGGCAUCACCAGCGCCCCCCAGGCGCAGGAGGUACCCCGCGCCGAGUGCAAGACGGUGAUCCUGUCGGCGCUCGAGGAGGUCGUCAGGGAGGUCGUCGAGAGGCGCGAGAAGGAGUCGCAGGCCGAAACCCGCGACGACGAAAACCGCGACGCAAGUGAGAACGACCUCAGGCUUGCCGUUAGGGGCUGGUUGGAGAGCGUGGAGAUGGGGGAGUGAUUUAGAGACGACUCUUUGGGCUGCUGGCCCAUGAUGAUUGGUGUCUGGUCGUCGCCAGGCCAGCCCAUCCAUUCAUUCAUUCCCUUGGCUUUUUCCCACCCUUGUUACCCCUUGUCGGUCAUCCUGCCCGUCCACUGUCCACCGCUCCGCCAUCCAGUUCUCCUGGAAUCUAGGGAGGGCAACUUGUACAAAAGCAUGAUAGUUCUUGUUUUCGUUUAUCCCACAAAGCACCGAAACAGGCGCGCUCUUGAAUGGCACUAUACCCUUUACUGGCUGUUCAGACUUUUCUUUUUUUUUCCUUGAUUCCUUUUUUCCCUCUUGUUCCUCUUCUUUCCCUCACUCACGGAGCAAGCGCGCUUCCGACACAUCAUCACGAAACUGUUAGGGAGAGACGAUUUAUUCUCAAUGAAACCUAAAUAUGUUUUGAUUUCGACCUCGCUUGCCAACCCUCAAUGAUGUCUUGCU